ACCGUCAACGGAGUCGACGGCUCCGAUUACGUUCUCUUCUCGCAUCCGAUUUUCGAUUUAUCGGCUGUCUCGAGCGACAAGAUUUCGGGCUGGCGUUUGCUCGCGUUUGUCAGUUACUUUUAUAUAGAUCUCCACUGUCCCUUUGACUUAUCUAGAGCAUAAACGCUCAAAUCUCAGCCUGGAGUUUUUUUCUGUAUCUUUUGUUUGAAGGAACAUCUGUGAAAGAAAGGAUAUUCACAAGCUUUCAGACUCAAUUGUCCAUAAAAUUUCUAAUCUCGAGGAUUACAUAUGCCUAAUGUACGUACUUUAGAUAAAAUUUUUCUGAGAGAUUUUAAAGUUUUCUUUUAUUGCAUCUUAAGUAUCUUCUCUGCUCCUUUGUCUUUUAUGCUAUUAAUUUAGAAUGUCACGCUUUUGUUGUAUUGAUUAAGAAGAAAUGAUAUCGAAGAAAUGGAUAGACCGCUUGGAUUUCUUCGCCGAUGACGUUAUCAUUGCGUGGCGUGCUUAAUCCUUAAUCACAGAGUUACCUGAGUUAUACCAUGAAAUAAUUAAUUAAAGAUAACACUUCAUAAAUCGAUGAACUGCUUGCAGUAAUACAAAAUUAAAAAAGCAAGAUCAUUACAAUAACAUUGAAUAGCAGCCAAUGAUCUCAAAUUAAAUCUCCAAAAAAACUGAAAUGCUCUGUCAAAUAUCAUAUUAUUUGUAUAUAAGAUUCUCUCUAUGUAGGUAGUUGAAAUUUAUAUGUGAUAAACGUGGUGGAAUCUGUCAAUCCGUCGGUCGGGAAUAUUGUUUACGACAACGAGCACGGGUUCUCUCAUUGAGAGUGACGCCAGCGGACAGCUGAUACGAAGGCCACGCAUGUUAUGCAUCCAAGAGGAGUUGGCUCAGCUAAAUGAAAUCGCAGGAAAUCCCGAAAAGCUAAUCACGGAAUUGCAGGAGGUUCAAAAUCAAUUGCCCAAUAGCAACCAACCUAAUUCUGCAAGUAACUCCAGUGAUACUGCGAUAAAAUGCCCUCUCGGAUCGGAAAGCAUCGAUUCUCGAUCGAGUUGGGUCGACGGCAUACUAGGAUGUAUGCGUCCUGUUUGGACUAUGUUAUCGAAGGCUGCUAUUAACGAAAAAAUUAAGAUUCUCUCAAGUAAGUCAUCAGAUGAUUGGGAGAUAGAUUUUAAUGACAUCAGCGAGAUGCAGUGGCUCGCAUCCGGGGCUCAAGGUGCAGUAUUUAGAGGAAAGUUAAAUAACGAAGUUGUGGCUGUAAAAAAGGUGAAAGAUCCAAAAGAGACUGACAUACGCCAUUUACGAAAGCUCAAUCAUCCGAACAUCGUACAAUUCAAAGGAGUUUGUUCACAACCCCCUUGCUUUUGCAUAAUAAUGGAGUUGUGUCCGUUUGGACCAUUGUACGACCUUCUGAGAGCUGGAGAACCGGUUCCUCCCGCCAGAUUGGUGUCAUGGUCAAAACAAAUUGCUGCAGGAAUGGGUUAUCUCCAUGCCCACAAAAUCAUACACAGAGAUCUGAAAAGUCCAAACGUUCUAAUCGGGCAAAGGGAAGUGGUGAAGAUUAGCGAUUUUGGCACGAGUAGACAGUGGAAUGAAGUUAGUACGAAGAUGACUUUCGCCGGCACGGUAGCAUGGAUGGCGCCGGAGGUGAUCAGGAAUGAACCAUGCUCGGAAAAGGUGGACAUAUGGUCGUACGGUGUUGUAUUGUGGGAAUUACUGAGCGGUGAGAUACCUUACAAGGACGUCGAUUCCUCUGCUGUAAUGUGGGGAGUUGGCAGCAAUUCUCUUCAUUUACCGAUACCCACUAGUUGCCCCGAAGGUUACGGAUUACUAGUCAAGCAAUGUUGGGCAGCUAAACCACGUAACAGGCCCUCCUUCAAGCUUAUCGAAAUGCACCUUGCCAUUGCAGCUGUUGAUGUACUUUCUACGGAACCUGAUGAUUACUUUAAGGCACAGUUCUCUCUGUUGCAGCAAACUUGGAAGAGGGAAAUACAGGAACGCAUGCAAAAGAUACCACUAUUUACUAACACCAAUCCAGAAGACCUAAUCCGACGGAGGAAGGAUGAAUUACGGCAGGCUCAAGAUGUCAGAGAACACUAUGAGCGUAAGCUCGAGCGCACGAACAAUUUAUACUUGGAAUUAAACGCUAUUCUACUGCAAUUAGAGCUACGCGAACGAGAUGUGAUAAAGAGAGAACAACAAUCAACGGGCUAUAAACAGUACAAGAAACGCCUUGUCCGUCCUUUAUUGAAGGCUCAGGAGAGACUGUAUCGGAGACGGAAUGGUACAAUGCAGUUUUCCACUUCUUCUACGCCCACUACUCCACCGUCACCCACGGAUUCACCGCAAAGCCCUGUCAAAGUCACCAUGUAUACGCAAUUGAAUGAAUCCAAUCAACCGGAAACUAUUUUAGCACCGAACAAUAGUUUCAAGCAGCGCAAAUACAGGCAUCAUAGAGUCGGUUCGGGUUGUGGCCUGAGUUCCAGUCCUAGAUCAAGUCCUCAUCGUGAAAGAAAGAGCAUAGAGAUAUCUGGAAAAUUCGUGGAUAGUCACACGCAAACAGAUAUUAUGGGCAUCAGCGAAACGGACCACAUCCCGAAUAUAAUGUCUUCGCAUGAAAACAUUUCUUUGAACGCUACUAGCAGACACUCAUUCAGUAAACAAGUCAUCGAAUGUUUAAAUGGAAAUCCAAUUUUGUCUAACACGCACUAUCCGAUGCAGACUAGUUCGUGCUCUAGUCCUGAGCCCAUGAAUGAACAUAACACGAACGGGAAUGAACGUUUAAAGGAUUGUAGCGAUGAUGACAAUCUUGAGACUCUCGGCAGAAAAGUCAGUGAGAUUAUGAAUGCGAAUCGUCUUAUCGUAUCUUCCAUGGAUAAUGGAAAUGGCGAUAUCAUAAUAUCCCACAGUAGAAACAAAGAAGACUCAAGUAAGUUGUCUGGACAUUAUGUGGAGCAAUCCGACAUUGAAGUACGAAUUUCUUCGGACAAUACAGAUGAUCGCGAAGAUGAUGCUUGUGAGGAAAGCUGGUCAGAUGAAGAGGGAGAGGAUCCAAACUAUACUUACAAUUGUUCCUUGAGACGAAGAAGUAUCGCAAGAAAGCCAAUCGGUCCCGGCUGCAGAUUACGAAGAUCCAAACCAGCAGCAUCUGGGAGAAUACAAGGGGUCUUAGCUUCUGAUGAGGAAAAUACAUCUGAAUAUUCGCAUCCUCCGUCCAGUCAGACCUCCACCUUAGAGAGCAAUCCAGAUGUUCAAAGGAUUCUUCGUAAUAUACAAUGCCAAAAGAGAAAGGAAAUAGAUGAUGCUUCUGACACAUCGAGUCAAUCGGAAACGGAUGAAGUCAGUGAGGUUACAAUCGCAUCUCAACCAGUGAGCGGAGCGAUGAAGAUAGAGAGCCGAGUAUAAAUUACUUAUUAGUAUAAUUUUUAUAUUUGAUUUAUGAACGAUUUGUAGGAUAGAGUUACUGCCUAAGUGAAAUUCGGUGAUUACAGCAUCUUUCAUUCUGCAACUUACAUUGAAUAUUGUAGAUAUUUAUCGAUUCAUAUACAUGUAUACACAUUCAUAUAUACACAUACAUAACGAUAUAUAUAUGCAGUUACAUAUAUAUAUAUACUUAUUUAUGUAUAUAUACACAUAUGCAACCAUAUACAUCAUAUAUAUACACACACACAUAUAUACAUACAUACAUAUAUAUAUUAAAAAGAUGUAGUAUUAUUUAGAAAACAUAAGCAAAUAAUUGGAAAUUCGAGACUUGACGUCUUAAUUGAAUAUUGAAGCCAAUCAGAUUUCAAAAUCACUUAUAUAAGUUAGUGAAAAACUAUGUUAAUAUUGCUCAAGUUUAUUUGAGUUACACACAAGUUUUUUUUAAAGCCGCAUGAGAUCGUGAAUUUAGAUCUAUACAUAGUAUAAUUUUCGUCCAACAAAUCUAAAUACUGCUUCGAAGGAUUUUAUUUGCAAAUGCAGCGAUUAUAUUAGUAUUAUUCAGAAUCACUGUGUCCACCGAGCUUUAUCUACGUCGUAGCAUUCGUUAGAUUUACUAUUGGAGAAUGUUAUAUACAUGACGUGUCCGGUGUGCUUCACGUGAGAAAUCGUCUAUUUAUUUAUUUUUCAUGGCAUCUCAUAUUUUGCGUUGAUAGUUCCUGAAUAAGCGUAUGUACGUCACUUACAAGUCACAAAUUUAAUUUCAAGCAUACCCAUUGCCGUAGAAAUUAGUUUUCUACACAUAUUUGGAGACAGACAGCAGAUUCUCAAGUUCAAAUAUUUCCCUACUUAUGUACGUUUAUGUCUGAUGAGACAGAAAGGCAAUUAUAAGUAAUCACAAUUGUGAAAGCAUCCAGCUAAUGAUAUUAUGUAUAUAUACAUACAAUUUAAACGCAGAAUACAUGCGUUUGCUUGAAACGAAAAGAAAAAAAAAAAAAGAGCAAAUAAAUUACUUGUCAAAAACGGGA